UCUACAAAUGCUUGGUACAACCUUCAAUGUCAAGACCGUCAUCUGAAAAUCUUCAUGAAAUACACGGAAAGAAAGUUCAGGUUUUCUGUGGUGACUCAAAGUGUUCACGGGUAGGCCUACUUUCUGCUUUUCCCCCACCCAUUUUACUGAAAUAAAUCUGUAAUUUGACAGACUGUGCCAAGCAUUUAUAUAAUGCCAAACACAACUGGGUAGUUAUUUUCAAAAAUGUUGGUGUUACUGACCAAUUCUGGUGGGGGUAUUUAAGUAAAUUUUGGAACACUUCCUUCAAUUCCUUUCAGUUUAAUCUAUGACCCAUACACCUGUCAUAAUGAUGCAACUAGUACUUUUCGACCGUGUUUGUUUCACAUGGAUCUUGAUCAUGAUCACUGAUCCGUCAUCAUGGUCAUUGGUUUACGAACACCAAAACCCACUAACACAUGGUGCAAACCAGCGUUUGGAUCACUGACCAAAAUCCAGAUCCAUGUGAAACAAACAGGCCCUUUAAAAUUAAUUGAUUUAGGAAACUGCAAACUCCCCAUUAUCAUGACACGGUCCAUUUGCCAUGUUGCCUGUUGGCGGUAUGAACAGUUACAGCAUAUAGCUUUUAUGUUUAUUAAUUACAGGCCCUCCCCAAAGUAAGAAAGGAGAUCGUACAUUGUAUGACAAGCACCAAGUCACGUCCUCGCUAUGGUCCAAGUUACUCGGCAUCGGAUCAGAGUCAGAUCACGUAACAACUUGGUCCGACUCCGAUCCGAGUAACUAGGUUUUAGUUCCGCUGGGUCUGCGACAAACCGCCGCGGCGCACCUGCAUGCUGCCACCGAGAUAUUUGGCCAGGAGAAGUAGGCGAUUAUUAGCGUUGCCAGUCUUCAGUAAAUUAGCUGAAGUCGAAGUCAGCAAAAUGAGGCUUCUCAAAGCUGCCGCAGCUUGCCGCCUUCUCUGUCAUGCCUGUCUUCGUCCGGAUAAGUCCCAUGCCGCCAGGCACCGAGGUCUGCAGGUCCUGCCGGAGUUGUGCAGAGGUCUCAGGACGUCCGCAGUCGUUGCUCAGAAACGGGCGGUUAUAUUCGACCUGGGAGGUGUUCUCAUCGCAAAACCAGGGCCAAUCUUCAAAGAUUUUGAGGUGCAAAAGGGUCUUCCUGCUGACACCAUCCUGGAGGUGAUCCGAAGGACUGGCCAAUCAGGGGCAUGGACGAGGCUCAAUCGAGGAGAGAUCACAGCGGAUGAGUUUGACGCAGAGUUCAGCAAGGAGUGCUCUCAGCAGCUGGGUUAUGACGUGGACACAUCCGGGCUUCUGGCCUAUUAUGAGGCCCACGCAGCCGAACCCAUCCCCGAGAUGGUGGACGCCAUCCGAUGCAUCCGGGCAGAGGGGCUCAAGACGGCCAUACUGACCAACAACUGGAAGCACGAGGGGUCAGUGACUUCCCUCUUUCCAGUGGACAAGGACCUAUUUGAUGCGGUGGUUGAGUCCUGCCGAGCGGGCAUGGCCAAGCCUGACCCCGCCAUCUAUCAGCUUUGCCUUGAUGAACUCAAGGAGAAGCCAGAAAAGACCGUCUUCCUGGAUGAUCUUAAAGAGAAUGUGAAGGGGGCUAGGAAGAUGGGGAUUGAUAGUAUUCAGGUUGAUGACACACAGCAAGCACUUUCUGAACUUGCCAAGACACUCGGCUUUCCUGUGCACUGUUUCGUGGAAGGCACAACAGCAGUCCGUAAAGGCCUUGAGCUACCCACAGACUCACUCCGAGCAUACCUCAACUCAAUCAAUAUAGGGACCAGUGAUGACAGCGCCCUCAACGUCCGUCAGUUCAAACAUGGCCAAUCCAACCCCACAUACUACGUCGGUUACGCAGGCAGGGACAUGGUACUGCGCAAGAAGCCGCCGGGUAAACUUCUCCCCUCGGCCCACGCCGUCGAGAGAGAGCACCAGGUCAUGAAGGCACUUGGGGGUGCUGGGGUACCAGUUCCCGACCUCCUGGCACUCUGUGAGGAUGACAGUAUCGUGGGGACACCUUUCUAUCUUAUGGACCUGGUCAAAGGUCGCAUCUACAAGGAACCUAGCCUGCCCAGCAUGCAGCCCUCGGAGCGGCGGGAGGUGUACAGUGCAAUGUGUGACGCCCUGUGUCGUAUCCACAGCGUGGAUAUAAAGCAAGCUGGCCUGGAGGGCUUCGGCAAGCAGGGGAAGUAUGUGUCUCGCCAAAUCGCAGUUUGGAGCAAGCAGUACAAAGCCAGUGAAACUCAUGACAUUCCCAGCAUGACUAAACUGAUGGACUGGCUGCCACAGCAUUUGCCUGAGACAGAAAUGGUCUCUGUGGUCCACGGCGACUUCAGGUUGGAUAAUCUCAUUCUUCAUCCCAACAAAUCGGAGGUGAUCAGUGUGCUGGACUGGGAGCUGUCCACCAUCGGGGACCCGCUGUCGGACCUAGCUUACUGCUGCAUGCCUUACUAUCUCUCACCAAAGUUCCCCCUUCUCAAAGGUUUUCACGGUUUGGACGUCACUGAACUGGGAAUCCCCACCAUGGAGGAGUUUGUCACCCAGUACUGCCAGCGGAGGGGUAUCCCCCCCAUUAAGAACCUGGACUUCUACUUGGCCUUCUCAUUCUUCCGUGCAGCUGCCAUCCUUCAGGGGGUCUACAGGAGAUCUCAACAAGGGCAAGCCAGCUCCAAAGAUGCCCAGAAGGUUGGGCUCUUAGCAGAACAGAUGGCCAAUUUAGGGUGGUCCUUCACAAAGUCACCCUCAUCAUCGAACCCAUCAGGAACACCCCCGAGAAGUAAUGGGUCAGCCCCAUCCAAGAGGAGCUUUUGUACAUGGACAUCACACACGAGGGGCUAUUCCACACAAGCACCAGGCGUUCUUGCCAUAUCUGUGUCCGCGCUCUCCGGGCGUGCCCAGUCCAUGUACAAAGAAGUCAAUGAGAUGAUUACAAAGUACGUGUAUCCGGUUGAGCGAGAGCUGUUUGCACAUCAGUUAUCCUCUAAUAAAUGGAAUCCACAUCCUAUUAUUGAGCAACUCAAGGAUAGAGCCAAAUCAGAGGGAUUGUGGAAUUUGUUUUUACCCCUUGAGGCUGACCCCCACACAGAAUAUGGAGCAGGCCUGACCAACAUGGAAUAUGCAUACAUGUGUGAAUUGAUGGGGAAGUCGGUAUUUUCUCCAGAGGUCUUCAACUGUUCUGCACCAGACACAGGAAACAUGGAGGUCCUCGUGAAAUACGGGAAUCAGAAACAGAAAGAUGAGUGGUUGAAACCACUUUUGGAUGGAACAAUGCGAUCCUGCUUUGCUAUGAGUGAACCAAAGAUUGCCUCGUCCGAUGCCACCAACAUUCAGUCUGGCAUCAGGCGAGAUGGGGACGAGCUGGUCCUUUCAGGCCGCAAGUGGUGGAUCUCGGGCGCUAUGGACCCCCGCUGCCGGGUCUGCAUCUUCAUGGGGAAGACAGACCCCACGGCAGACGCCCACAAACAGCAGAGUAUGGUGCUGGUGCCCAUGGACUCCCCCGGCUUGACAGUCGUCCGGCCGCUCUCCGUCUUUGGCUAUGAGGACCCGCCAGCGGGCCAUGCCGAGCUGGUGUUUGAGGACGUGAGGGUGCCGGCAGAGAACAUCAUACUCGGGGAGGGUAGAGGCUUUGAGAUUGCACAGGGUCGACUGGGACCAGGCCGAAUCCAUCACUGCAUGCGUUUAAUCGGCAUGGCUGAAAGGUGCUUAGAGCUCAUGGUGAGCAGGGUACAAGACCGUGUAGCCUUUGGCAAGCCCCUGGCCCAGCAGGGGACCAUACAAGAGGCUAUAGCUGAGUCGCGGAUAGAGAUAGAACAGGCUAGGUUACUGACACUCAAGGCAGCUCACAUGAUGGACACAGUUGGCAACAAGGUUGCUGCACCAGAGAUUGCCAUGAUCAAAGUGGUGGCACCCAACAUGGCCCAGAGGGUAGUGGACAGGGCCAUCCAGGCCUUUGGAGGAGCUGGACUGAGUGCCGAUUGGCCUCUGGCGUACUUUUUCUCCUGGGCCAGGAUCCUACGGCUGGCAGACGGUCCAGACGAGGUGCACCGGAGGGCGAUAGCUCGGAUGGAACUGAAGAAAUCAUUGAAAUGAUGGGAUGAUCUUUCCUUGAAAGGAUGCUUCCAUUUGAAACCAAAAAUUCCAGAUUACAAUGCAUUUAGAGGCUAUUUUCAUGAGGCCACUCGGCACAAUCUGCUUAGCAAACAACAGAUUAUGAACCAAAAUGUCAUGUAAUGCAAAUUGGCUAUGACUGGUUCCCAGCUCAGGGGUUCUUAACACGAUCAUAGCUCAGGAAAAUGGAUCCAGAAGCCAUUGGAUAUUCAGCAGUCAAAAUGCAAAAAUCUCUGGGAAUGUACAACUUUUUCCUGGUAUGCGAAGAUUGCAAAUGGUAAUAAUGGUAUUGAUGGCAUUCACAAAUCACUGGUCUUUUUCCAAAGUGUGGUUUUAUCCCUGGCUUAAGCUUGAAGUAUUGAACCUUUGUUGUCACAUGAAGAUAAAUUGUUUUUGUGGAAGAAAAGUUACAUUGCAGGUUAAACUCAUGAAAAUGAAGCACAUAAAGCUGAGAUCUGGAAAACUGCAGGAUGCCUGGUAAGAAGUAUAACUUCUAUCUUUCAAAUUCCAGACUUCCCUGCUGUUCUAAGGCAAGAUUUCACCUUAAUUGGUUCAUGCAUAGAUUUGUUAUCUGAUGACGUGAGCAACACCUGUGAACCAGUGAAAAGCACCCCUCUUUCUCCAUAACUGUAUGGACAAGCUCGAUCAGCAACAAUUUUUUAACCACUGGUCAAUUUUGCCCGGUGUCAGGUAUAUAUUUCAUGCAUAGGUUACCAGUCUAAAUUGACCACUGGUUGACAAUUCGUCCCUGAUAGUGUUGCAAAGCUUACAUGACCCUUUGUGUUCAUGCAAAGCAAGUAGUGUGCAGUACUUUAAGCACCUGUAAAGGUUUCCAACUGUCUCAUGUCGGCAGAUUUUCCACUGUACGGCAACGGGUACCCCCCCUCUUUUGUGUCUUCUUUUGUGUUGUAGGAAUCUUGGAAAUUCCUUUUGGAUUUUCAGAGGGAUGAGAACAGAGUCCCCAAGCGUAUAGCUAAAGGCGUUACAUUUUAGGGAGGGGUCCCCCUUUGCCAUGUCAUGCUGAAUAUCAAUUUCCCUUAUUUCAUGUGGACUCAUGACCAGGCGCAGGGGACCAUGAAUUCCUGCGUCCCUAAAACAAGUCUUUUUUUCCAUCAUUGUUUCUCUAAACCCAGAUAGGUGCUUCACAGGUACAUUUUUUCUCUUCCUAUUACGUAGACGUUUGGAAGUGCUAGUUUGUCACCGUAAAAAUGAGUAAACUGCUUUUUACGCUGAAACUAUCAAAAGUUAAAUGUUUUGAGUAUAUUGUCUAUCAUGCACAACAGAAAAUUUCUAUUUGACUAUUAUGGGUGACCCUGAAAAAAUUGUAAGGAAUCAUGUUAGUGGCUGAAAAUUGUGCCUUGUCUUUUUUAUCCAACUAUUCCUGGUUUUUGUGAAAUUCAAACCACUCAGACUCAUUAAGGCAUUUAUUGCUUUCUGUUUGGAAGGGAAAUACGCCCUAUUAUAGAAUUUGACUAGAAAUCAUAAUGACCAAGUCUCCGUAUUAAAGGUAUUGUAAAAUAAUAUCUGGAAAAUUUAAGAGUGGUUGAAUUGUUACCUUUCUCAAUCCUACAAAAUCCUCCCAAGGCCUUUGGGUAUAUCUUGAAGGGUCUUGAGGAUUAGCCUCGAAUUUGAUGCCAAGUUCCUUCAUUUGGAUCUUAAUUGUGUGGGAGAAGGGUUGGCAUAGCUAAAUUGCAAUCUAUUUCUGGCAGAGCUUGAAACCUUCUCUCACAACAGAAAUGCCUAUAAUAUCAGAUUUACAAGCAUAAAAUACGAUAUCAUUUUUUUCUCGUUGGUAAUAUAAUCUAAGUUAGUAAUAUGUAUUAGUUAAAUUCAACCUUAACCCUUAAACUUUAAUCCACAGAAUGUGAAUACAGCCGCUGGUUACACUGUGCAUAUUUACAUUUGCCAAUAGAGAAAUAAAACAACUUUAUAAAAAAAGACGUUACCAGAAAUGAAUUUAAAACAAACUAAAAAGUAUUAUAUAAAAAUGGGUCUGUGCCUAUCCACGUUGCGUUUUGCAGAGCGUAAGUUAUAGCAGUUUUCAACACAAACCUUAGCUUUCCCAACCAACUCUACGCAUGAGUGGUCCAUGCUUAAUUGGCCUAUUUGAGAUAUGGCAGACACACCAGGAGGGUGCUAUUGGGUUCCUAAAAAUCUAUUGUAUUUCACUCCAAAUUUUACCCUCUUUAAAUAGCGCCCUCCUAUUUUGUCCAUUUUCAAAAGGGCUAACUGCAGAUGUACAUACAUGUAUAUUUACUUUUAAUCCAGUCUUCAUUGUUUUCGGUUUUAUAAGUUUACUAUCUCGUCACUAUGGUUGUCACAGUGACCAACCAUGAAGAGAUGUCACCAGAUCCCUCAAAAUUAGUUUUAUUGCCAUUUAAAAAAAAAAAAAAAA